AAGAUGGGCAGGACGUGCGGCGGCGAGCCGGCGGUGCGCAAGGGGCCGUGGACGCUGGAGGAGGACCUCGUCCUCGUCGGCUACAUCUCCCAGCACGGGGAGGGAUCCUGGGACAACCUCGCGCGCGCCGCUGGCCUGAACCGGAACGGGAAGAGCUGCAGGCUGCGGUGGCUCAACUACCUGCGCCCGGGGGUGCGGCGCGGCGGCAUCACGCCGGCGGAGGACGCCGCCAUCCGGGAGCUCCACGCGGCGCUGGGCAACAAGUGGUCCAAGAUCGCCGCGCACCUCCCCGGCCGCACCGACAACGAGAUCAAGAACUACUGGAGGACCAGGAUCCAGAGGCGGCCGGCGGCUCCAGCCAGCAGCGCGCAGCAGCCCUACCGCGCGCCUGCGACCGCGACCGCGACGGCGGCGGCCAUGACCGCCAGCGAGGGCGCGUCGUCGUCGUCGUCCGCGGCGGCAAGCCACGGCAGCUCCGCCGACUGGUGGUACGUGGAGCCAGUAAACCACCCCGAGCAGGGAGCGCACUGCUCCCAGAGCGUUGCUGCGGCGGCCGCGGGCGUCGACAGCGGGAGCGCGUCGUCGGCGCUGACGAGCCGGGACAGCUCCACCACCGCCGGCGUUGACGGGCAGCACAUGCAGACGAGUUACGGUGACCGCUACUACUACUCCGAGCUGAGUUCGGCCGCCGCCGCCGACGGCGUGGAAAUGGUCGACGCGGGCAGCUUUUGGAACGUCGACGACGACUUCUGGGGCCGGUUCCAGAUGCUGCAUUAUCCUGAUUCCUGAAUGAAGUGAUCCGAUCAUACAGCGCGCGUGCGAGAGGGUAUAGGGGUAGCUAGCUGCUACAGAGGACAGAAAAAGACUAGUACCAUUUUCGUAGCAUGCAUGAAUCCUGCUAUAUAUACAGGCCGGUGUGUGAACAGUGAACGUGUGCUUUCAACAUCGUGCUAUUUA